AUGCUCAAACUCGAGGAAUUCGAUGGUCAGAUCGCAGACUGUUUCUUGCGGGCCUCCCAGGUGCGUGACCGAGUCAAUGAGAAACUUCACAAGAUGGCUGACCUGGCAAGCGACCACAUGGAUCAAAUCAAAGGUGCGGUCGCUAAUGGUGCCAAACGGCUCUUGCACUAUGAAGAGCUACCUAUUCAAUGGCGCAACAACGAGCAUAUCUUGACUGGUUAUCGUUUCCUUAAUUCAACUGCAGAAUGCUGGCACUCACUUUUGUACGUCCACAACGAAACCGGAAAUAUCUACACCCAUCUAUUUGGCCUCGUCUUCUUGGCCAUGGUCGGAACAUACCACUUGCUCUACUCACCCGUCCUUUCCGACAUUCCUCUCUCGGACAAAGUGUUCUUUGGUGUCUUCUUUGUCGCAGCCUGCAAGUGCCUGCUCUGUUCCACAGUCUGGCACACUCUGUCCGGAAUCAGCGAUCUACAGACAUACCGCAAAGUAGCCUGUCUUGAUUAUGUUGGCAUAUCGGUCUUGAUUUGUGCCAGCAUAAUCUUGUGCGAGUAUUACGGAUUCUACAACCACGACAUCUGGAGAAACACUUAUAUUACUGCUACUGGAUCCAUGGCAAUUCUUGGUGUAGCCAUGCCUUUUAUGAGUUGGUUCGAUCACAGUGAGCGUCGUUGGUUACGGACUAUGUUUUUUGUUGUCAUGGCUAGUUCUGCGGUUGUACCAAUCAUCCACCUUUGCAUUGCCAACGGUCUACAGGAAACCGCUAACUUCCUUUCACCUUUCUCAAAGUCGAUUUCGUCUUACAUCAUUGGAGUUAUUGUGUACAGUAAUCAGCUGCCCGAACGAAUCUGGCCUGGUAAAUUCGAUCACUUUGGCCACUCACAUCAACUGUGGCACUUGUUUGUCAUGGGAGGAAUCUGGUUCAACUAUACUGCCAUCUUUCACAUGGUCAAUCUCAGAGAAACAUAUGGUCAAAACAACAUCCUUAAUACUACUACUACUACUACUACUACUAUUUAA